AUGGACAAGAAUAUGAAAGAGAACCAUUCUGGGUACCCCGGUCGUGCUACGAAAAUUGCUAAUCCCAUUGGGGAUGGUCCGAAACGUGUCCCUGUGUCUCAGCAUUCUGCCCAGAGCCGGUUUCUGAACAGUGGAGUUCAAGCACAACGUGUUCUGUGUCCUUCAAACUUUGCCCAGCGAGUUCCCAUACAAUCACAAAAAUCUGUACUGUCAAACCAAAAACUGUCUAAUAACCAGACAACACAGCAACCCCGACCAAAGUUUCCGGUCCAACCAACUGCUAGGCCUCAGGUUCCAAGCAAGAGCAAUGAAAAACCUCAACAGGCUCCAGUACCUGCAAAAAAUUCUGAAGCAGAAAGCACCUCUAAACAGAAAAAUGAAGAGACUGCUAAAAAGAAAAAUGAAGAAACCAAAAAGUAAUCAAAGCCCACACAAGUUAUCUACCUUUUGUAACCAUCUUUCCUCUGCAGAAGGCAAUGGUCUCUUGAUGAUUUUGAAAUUGGUCGUCCUCUGGGGAAAGGAAAAUUUGGAAAUGUAUACCUGGCACGUGAAAAGCAGAGUAAAUUUAUCCUUGCACUGAAAGUGCUCUUUAAAACACAACUCGAGGAAGCCGGCGUAGAACAUCAACUACGAAGAGAAGUUGAAAUACAGUCUCAUCUUAGGCACCCCAACAUUCUCAGACUAUAUGGCUACUUCCAUGAUGUUACAAGAGUCUACCUUAUUCUAGAGUAUGCACCUCGUGGAGAAGUCUACAAAGAACUUCAGAAGCUUACCAAGUUUGAUGAGCAAAGAACUGCUACUUACAUCACAGAACUAGCAGAUGCCCUAUCAUACUGUCAUUCAAAGAGUGUGAUUCACCGAGACAUCAAGCCGGAAAACUUGCUGCUUGGCUCAAAUGGAGAGUUAAAAAUUGCUGACUUUGGAUGGUCUGUGCAUGCUCCAUCUUCUAGGAGAACAACUCUCUGUGGGACACUUGACUACCUGCCUCCUGAAAUGAUUGAGGGAAGAACACAUGAUGAAAAGGUGGAUAUUUGGAGCCUGGGAGUUCUGUGCUAUGAAUUCCUUGUAGGGAAGCCACCUUUUGAAGCAGAAACAUACCAGGAAACCUACAGAGCUAUUUCUAGGGUGGAAUUCAAGUUUCCUCCAUUUGUAACAGAAGGCGCGAGGGAUUUAAUUUCAAAGCUUCUGAAGCAUAACCCAUUCCAUCGACUGCCCCUGAAGGAUGUACUACUUCAUCCCUGGAUUACAGCAAACUCUACAAAGAUGCCCAACAGCAGAAAGAGUGAUGUUGCUGCCUCAUCCAGAACAUAGUCUUAGCCAGGGUAACCUCAUGGGAUCAAUGAGAGGAGUCUUGUACUGUGACUACUGUAAUGCUUACAAUAGGAAAAGCAGGUCUUGAAAUCCAAUGGCAAUUGGAAUGCAAAUCUUUGCGUUGGCCGUCAUAUUAAAACUCUAAUUGCAAUGUAAAAUUAUUUGACAUUUAGCUGAGGCUGUGGAAU